AUGCCCCCGCCCCCGACAACCCCGCCGCCCGGAUCGACCGCACCGCGCCGCCUCGACCACUCCUCCUCGCUGGACGCCUCGUCGUCCUCUCCGCCGUGCGCCGCACCCCCGUGCCGCCUCCCCGCCGGACUGCCACCCUGUCGCCGUCGUCCCCGUCUACCUCCCCGAGCACCCCUGCCCCCGGACCCUACACCCCCCGUGAGCUCCCUCUCCUCCGGUCGCCCGCACUCCCGUGCUACCAUCGUCGCCCGCACUCCCCGUGCUCGCGGCCUCCUCCCCCGCACGCGCCCCACCGUGCCCGACCACCGCGCGCGCGCUCGCGCUGACCGCGCCCCGCAUCGCUCCCUGCUCGCGCGCGUGGCCGCCCCGCUGUUGCUCUACUACUGCCGCUGCUCUACCUCCCCCGCAGCCCCGCGUCCCCGCCACGGAUCGCGCACGCCCCCGCCGGCGCCGUUCGCCUCCAUCGCGUCGCGGCCAGCUCCGCCCUACCCCCUGCUCCCCGUGGCCACACACUGCGUGCCGAGGCCGCCGCCGCACUUGCCGUCCCGCUCCGCCGCGGCACUCGCCCUGCGCCGCUCCUGGCCCCGCCCCUCACCUCGCUGCCCCCACUCGGGUUGGCUGCGGCCGCCCUGCCAUGGCCGCCGGCCAGCCAGCACGCGGCCGGGGCCAGCGCCCCGCCCGCUUCGCCCUUUUCCGCUCGGGAAGAGGUCCCUGGUUGAGAAGGCGAUAGUUGAUUCCAGCAAGAGCUCCCUAGUUGUGAAGGAGAUGGCUGAUGCACGGAGAGGCGUGGUUGCUGCACGGAGUGUCGUGGUUCUGAACGCUGCACAAAGUGUCGUGGUUCUGAACGAUGGACAGAGGGACGUGGGGGACGAUGUGCCGGACGAGGAAUGA